AUGUGUUCCUACUGCGAGUCCAGCUGGGCUUUCCCCCGCUGCCUCCGCAGGGCUUCGCCAUUAAGACGUGCGCGGGCGGCACGGCACUCGCCUCCUGGGAAAAGGAAUAAUAAUGAAACAAUAAACUCCCUUUCCGCUCUCCCCUUCAUGGCCCUCCCGAGUACCCAAACAGCACACGAGUUCCCAGGUGAAGGAACAGCCAGAUCGCCUGGGGUCACAGCUCUUCAACACCGCACUGACCCCGGAUCAAGGUCACGUCGGAGAGGCAGGAACCUGAGGAGCAACAGAAAAGUCUCUCUUGUCUCCCCGCGUGCCGUGUCUCCCACUCAUCAUGUCAACACCUCUGGCGCCGCCACUCGAUAUAAUCAUGAGAGCUACACAUUCCCCGGUAUUGAUCGAGCCGUGGAGUACACUCCUGAUACUCCCAUCUCCUCUUCACUCAAUAUCACCACUAUUUCCGGCCCGACCCCCACUCGAACGCCCCCUCCCGCACCCACGGACCCGACCACGACCCCCAAACACAUGAGGCAAUCGCGGCGCCUUUCCGUCCAUCCUCCCCCGCCCCCGCAGCCACAGGGCACACUCCCCACUCCACGGCGCUUAAUCGUCUCCAAGGGGCAGAGCAAAUAG